GGAUUAGUAAUGAAGAAAUAUUGGACAUGAUAAAACUCCCUCUUCUGGUCCCUGAACCUGAUGAAGACCUUGCUCGAGAAAAUCUUGAUAAUUUAAUGAAUGGAAUGGAGCUUGAAGUUGGUAUUCUCAACAUUAUUGAUGAAGAAGAAGGGAAAGAUGAUGACAUCCAAAGUAAUAUGAAAAUGGCUUAUAAGAUGAACAGUUACCUAAAGAACAUUGCAAAAAUUCCAUUGUAUUCUGAAAAUAGUAUUCCUUAUGCCGAGACCGAAGACGACCUUGCUUCAAAGUCUGUUCCAGAUGAGAACCCACUUGGAAUUGGAAAAGUUCAGAAAGGUAUUAUUCCUUCUGCUACAUGUAAAAGGAAAGAUUCAAUCGAAGAAGAAUUUGAUAUUAUCUCUGAUAAUGAAAUAGAAGAGAUGAAAGAGGAGUUUGAUAGAAGGUCUAGUCAUGCUGCUCCAGCUGAGAUAUAUUACUCAAACUCUUACCCUGGAGCAGAAGAGGCUGAUUAUAACAGAUACUCUGAUCAGCAGCCCCAAUAUUUGCUAAACAACGGUUAUCCUGCAGGAGUCUACCACCCUCCCCAACCAAUCCCCGCUUACCCACACCAAACCCAACCCAGCACCGCAAACUGGGCAUUCGGACAGCCCGUAAUCAAAAGAGUAAUGAGGCAGUUCUCCCAAUAAUCCUUCCUUCUUCAAAUCCGUGUAAAUUUCAAUUUCCCAGGU